CUAGUGGACUACUGCAAGUUGCUUUGGAUAAAAGCGCCUGCUAAAUGACAAAUCGGGCGUAUUAGGAUGCAGUUAAAGGAAUUAUAGGACCCGAUCGCUCAAGCCAAAUGGUGGGGCAAACAGGGGUCUUUCCGAGGCUUUACUGGAAGCACAUGGCGCGCGAGGAGCGGCCGCCCAAUGAGACGCGGCACAGGCGCAAACGCCGCGGAUUGGUCGAGGCGCACAUUCACAGACUGACCUGAGAGAGAGAGAGAGAGAGAGAGAGAGAAAGAGCGCUGAACGCCGGCGGAUGAGAGGAGAAGAGCGGUCCAGAACAACCGUUUAUAAGGAAACAUGGAGACGAACACGGAGCGAACGUUUGCUGACUUCUCUGGAUCCUGGAAAAUGAAAAGUUCCGAAAAUUUCGAGGAACUUUUAAAAGCUCUCGGCGUAAACGUCUUUCUGAGGAAGAUUGCAGUCGCUGCAGCUUCCAAACCGGCCGUAGAGAUUGCGCAGCAGGGGGAAAGCCUCUCCAUUCAGACCUCCACUAGUGUGCGGACCACUCAUGUGUCCUUCACGGUGGGCGAGUCCUUCAACGAGGCUACAGUGGAUGGACGCUCGUGCACAAGUUUUCCAAAAUGGGAGACAGACCGUAAAAUCGCUUGUGAGCAGAAGCUGCAGAAGGGAGAGGGGCCGGAGACAUCAUGGACACGUGAACUGACCAAUGAUGGCCAGAUGAUUCUCACCAUGAGAGCCGGAGAUGUUGUCUGCACCCGUGUGUAUGAACGAGACUGAAGGAUCCUUAGAUUUCAGUUCAUUCUAUUCUAUUCCAUCUCGACCAUUUCCACAAUGCGCUAAAAUGCUGGCUUAUCGUUGUACAAACAGCCAGUUCCUUCCACAUUUUGUACGUUUGACAUAUGUUAAGUUUGAUUGCCAGAGAAGGAGAAACGUUUGAAGAGUCAGAGUCAGUACUUGUAUAAAGAUGAUAGUGGGUUUGCAUUGUUGUUUUUUGUGUAUUGGCUGAAAAGUGUAUUUAUUAUUGUCGUUUGUGCAUUUUAUGUUUCAGUUUCAUGUAUAUGGCACAAUGUGGCUCAUUAAUCAAAAAUGUUUUAGCAUUAAACCUUUCUACUUAUAA